AUGCUUAAUAUAAGUGGCACCAACCAGGCCCAUUUUGUCCAAGAGUCGCAAGAACAGCAUCUCAAGCAAUCCGAGGCUCUCUUUAGCAUUCACCUCACAUCAAAAGUUCCCAUGUCAGGUACAUCUUUUCCGACGAUGAAAGCAAUCCAAGUCACUGGCUCCAAAGGCAGCCACCAGGUUAUUCUCAACAUGGCUGCUGCCAAACCCAGUCCUCAACAAGACCAGGUUCUUGUUAGGGUCCACGCAGCAAGCAUUACCGCUGACGAGGUGACGUGGCCGGAAUUAUACGACAGUUCCACCAGGAUUCCGGGCCACGACAUAUCCGGUGUCGUCGACGCCCUUGGCCCAGCUUACAUGGGACCCUUGAAAGUUUGUGACCAAGUGUUUGCCAUGUUGAAGGCAACAUCGGAUGCCGGCGGACAGGCAGAGUAUGCCAUCGUCUCUCCGGAAGAAAUCGCCCCGAAACCGACUUCUAUAUCGCAUGCGCAGGCUUCUGCGCUGCCCAUUCCAUUCUUGACGGCUUGGGAAGCUAUUCAUCAGCAUGCCAAAGUGCGCGAGGGCGGAAAGGUUCUCAUCACAGGUGCUUCCGGUGCUGUUGGACUUGUGCUAGUACAAAUCGCAGCCAAAAUUUUGAACUGCGAAGUCGUUGCUCUCGCGUCGGCAAAAAACCAUGCGUACCUCAAAUCACUGGGGGCCGCGAUUACGGUGGACUACCACUGGCCAAAUUGGGAGGAUUCGGCCUGGGAUGUUGACGCGAUACUUGACACAGUGGGCGGAGAAACUCUCUCAAAGACUUGGAAAUGCGUCAAGCCAAAUGGCAGUAUCGUGACAGUGGCUGAUCCUCCGCCGCCGUGGUCAUUUGGGAGAGCAACCCCGGAAGAGUUGAGGGAACACCCUGAUGUGAAGUGGGUUUAUUUUAUUGUCACAGCAAGUGGUGCAAUCUUAUCCAAACUCACGAGUCUGCUGGAUGAGGGUACACUAGCGCCUAUUCCUGUAAAGUCGUUUAGCAUCGACAAGGGGCUUGAGGCUUGGGAGUAUGGCGGUCGGAGAGGCAGAGAUGGCAAAGCGGUGAUUGAGUUCGUGGGUUCGGGCGAGUAG